AAGCUGGGCAUCCAACUGUCUCCUUUCCCAUUCCGACGCCCGUCUCCACUGUUUUCACUUCAUAUCACGACUCACGAGAUGGAGCUAAUAACUCUACAACAGAUCGUGAUUGAACUGCGAGUUGAAUCGGCGAUCCCUAAUCCUUUCUCCGAGUGGAGGCGACUCCGCCUCCGUCCUGUCUCCUGCCUCUCUGUCUGCUUCUGGAUCGAAGUCGGGAAUCCAAUUGAUCCCUCUUUGUCCGUUCCUGUGGCCGGAUCAGGCUAAAGAUCCUGCCUCGGUGUCUCCGGAACCCCACGAGAAGUGAAAAGCUACUUUUUGUUUUCUCCUGCCAUUUAUUUGAGUGAUCCAUGUUCGGAUCCAGGAGGUUCGACGAUGGGAUGGAGGUCAGGAAGGAGAGGACUGUAAGGAUCUAUACCGAUGAAAAGCAAAAUCAAGCUAAAACUACACUCCAAGGCUUGAAGUCGGGUGGGUAUACCUCAAAUGGAAUUGGAAAAGUCGGCACCUGGAAGUCCAUAGUUUUCGCUGAGGACCAUAAGCCAUGGAGGACACACAUUCUUGAUCCGGGAAGCGACACUGUAUUGAAAUGGAAUCGUGUUUUUCUCAUUUCAUGCUUGCUUGCACUGUUUAUAGAUCCAUUGUACUUCUAUUUGCCGAAGGUCAAAAAGGGCGAUAAUACCAUAUGUAUCAUGAUGGACGACCAUGUUAGCAUUCCUGUCACAAUUUUUAGGACACUUGCUGACCUUUUGUACAUAGCGCAUAUUGUGGUGAAGUUUAGAACUGCAUAUGUGGCUCCAAGCUCAAGAGUCUUUGGCCGAGGGGAGCUUGUUAUGGACCCUAAGAUGAUUGCUAGAAGAUAUUUGAGAUCAGACUUCUUUAUAGAUCUCGCAGCUGCACUCCCUCUACCGCAGCUGCUCAUUUGGUCGGCAGUAAGGAACUCAAGAGUUGAACAUAACAAUAAUGCUCUCGCGCUAAUUGUCCUAGUACAGUAUAUACCAAGGCUUUAUCUCAUAUUUCCUUUAAGUUAUCAAAUUAUUAAAGCUGAUGGUGUUGUCACAAAGACUGCUUGGGCUGGUGCUGCAUAUAAUCUACUUCUCUACAUGAUCGCUAGUCACGUUCUAGGAGCUUCAUGGUAUCUACUAUCUGUCGAAAGGCAGACUACAUGUUGGCGAUCAGAAUGCAAAAAUGAAAAUGGAACAACUGGGCCACUAUGCAGACCUAAAUAUUUAAAUUGUGCUCAAUUAGGUCAUCCAGAUCACGAGGCAUGGGCUCAGGCUACUCAGGUGUUUGGCAAUUGCGAUGCUAAUAACCCCAACAUCACUUUCAACUAUGGCAUUUUCCAAAAUGCAUUAACCAAUGAAGCCCUCUCAACGGAGUUCAUCAAGAAAUACUUCUAUUGCCUUUGGUGGGGUUUGCAGAACCUGAGUUCGUAUGGCCAGACUUUGACAACAAGCACUUUCAUUGGAGAAACAUUGUUUGCUAUACUAAUUGCUAUUCUUGGCUUGGUCUUGUUUGCGCACUUGAUUGGAAACAUGCAGACCUACCUGCAAUCGAUCACCGUGAGACUGGAAGAAUGGAGACUAAAACGCAGAGACACAGAAGAGUGGAUGAGGCAUCGGCAACUUCCUCAUGAUCUGCAAGAAAGGGUUCGACGCUUUGUUCAAUACAAGUGGCUUGCUACUCGUGGAGUGGACGAGGAAUCCAUUUUGCGGGCUUUACCUGCCGACCUUCGGCGAGAUAUUCAACGCCACUUGUGUUUAGACCUCGUUCGACGGGUUCCUUUCUUCUCGCAGAUGGACGAUCAACUUCUAGAUGCAAUUUGCGAGCGUCUGGUGUCUUCACUGAGCACAGAAGGCACGUUCAUCGUUCGGGAGGGAGACCCUGUGACUGAAAUGCUUUUCAUCAUUCGGGGGCGAUUAGAGAGCUCGACGACCAACGGAGGGCGGACGGGCUUCUUUAAUACGAUCACACUGAGGCCAGGUGAUUUCUGCGGCGAAGAACUGCUUUCCUGGGCGCUUCUUCCGAAAUCCAUGGCGAACUUGCCUUCCUCCACUCGGACCGUAAGAGCGCUCGUCGAAGUCGAGGCCUUCGCGCUGCGGGCAGAGGACCUCAAGUUCGUCGCGAAUCAGUUCAGGCGGCUCCACAGCCGGAAGUUGCAGCACACGUUCCGCUUCUAUUCGCACCAUUGGAGGACAUGGGCCGCUUGCUUCAUCCAGGCAGCUUGGCAUCGCUACAAGAGGCGGAAGAUGGCAAGGGAUCUGAGCAUGAAGGAGUCAUUCAACUCGCGUACAGACGAAUCGGGUCAGGAGGAAGACGAGAGCAAUUCGUACUCAAAGAGUUCAUCUCGGCCCGAGCAAAAUCUCGUCGGAGUCACACUUCACGCGUCCAAGUUUGCUGCCGCGAUCAGGAAGGGUGCCCAGAAGAUCAAAGGCAUGCCCAAUUUACAGAAGCCGAGCGAGCCCGAUUUCUCUUCUGAAUCUUACGAUUGAUUAUUACCUUUUUUUUUCAACCCUGUAAAAUAUAAUACGGAUGAUGCACACUUCGUUGAAACACUUGGCUGACCUAAUUCUGAAGUUCCUGGGUUCCUCUAA